GUCAAAUCAAGUGAAGUAGACCGAGUCUUUGAGCUCGAAUCCGCAGGCUUUCCAUCAGAUGAAGCCGCCUCACUGGAGACGAUCAAGUAUCGACAAACGGUUGCCUCUGAUCUCUUCAUCGGUGCAUACGAUCCUUCUAAUCAGUUGAUCGGAUACAUCAAUGCCACUCGGUCCACCACCAGCGUUCUGGAUCACCAAUCAAUGACAACUCAUCAACCCGAGGGACCGUAUAUCUUAAUCCACUCGGUUUGCAUUGAGGCAGCUCAGCGCCGUAAAGGUCUCGCAACAACCCUUUUGAAACACUAUAUCGACCUAUUCAAAGGCUCGUGUAGCGAGCUUCUCCUGGUGUGCCAUCAAGAGUUGAAGCCCUUAUACUUGGCAGUAGGAUUCCGCGAUUUAGGGAAAAGUGACCUUGUACAUGGUGGUAUCGCUUGGUGGGAAAUG